GCCUUGCAAGCCUUGCAUCCAUUGCCUUGUGAAUUCUAUCAAUCGGGUUAUAAAUAGCUUUAUUUGCUUCGGAGUAACAAAGCUGUUUAUUUUGCUCAGCUCUUUCCAUUUACUUCUUCUUCUUACUCUUCUUCUUUGUUGUAAUUGCUUUUUUGUUGUAAUUGCAAUAGAGAACAGCGGCAGACCAGAUCUUGCAGGACUUUCAAAACAAUCCGGAUUCGUGGCUGCAAGUCGGGCUCAUUCUGAAAAAUACAGAAAACUUAAAUACCAAAUUAUUUGCCUUAGAGGUCUUAGAAGGCAUCAUAAAGUAUAGAUGGAACGAAUUGCCCUUUGAACAAAGAGACUGGAUGAAGAAUCACAUUUCUAAAGCCAUUGAGCAGCUCUCAAGUAAUGAAGCCUCACUUCAGAUGGAAAAGCUGUAUAUCGGCAAGCUGAACAUCAUAUUGGUACAGAUGUUGAAGCAAGAGUGGCCUGGAAGAUGGAGAGGCUUUAUUCCUGACCUUGUUUCAGCUGCAAAAACCAGCGAAACAAUCUGCGAAAAUUGCAUGGCAAUUUUGAAACUUCUGAGUGAAGACGUUUUUGAUUUCUCGAGAGGCGAAAUGACACAGCAAAAGAUCAAGGCGGUGGAACAGUCACUGAACAGGCAAGGCAUCUGA